AUGGCAUCCCACCUCAAAUCCUGUUCAGCGCUUUUGUUAUUGCCUCCGCCUCCGUCAUUUUCUUUUGGCGGGGUCAAGGAAGCAUUCGAGACCUCGGUAUCCGAUGUAUUCGUGCAGCUGUCGAAGACUUUGGGGACCUCUGAUGGCAUUGCCACACUCGAUAUUGCGUUGGCAAUCCCAGGUCUGCUUUCUCCAUCCAACAGGCCUCGUACAAAGACUUUUGCCCAGGUGGAACAUUAUGUCGGGAGCAUCUAUACUUUGAUUGGGGCUGUGGCAGCCGCUCAAGAUAUUGAACUUGACUCCCCCGGUGGCAUCAAUGCACGCUUGGUAUUUGUUGAUCAUCCGUUGUCCGAUUCUGCAGCCUCUCAAGCCAAAACCGGCUCAAAGAUUGGGCCAAUCCUUGACCUUCAGUCACUGGCAACCUCGGGCCGACUGUGGGACCAAAUAUUCAGUCCAGAUAACCAGGCCGGCCGGGAUUUGGCCGACUCCUUCCUAAGCAGUAUCACCGGUUCGUCCAAAGAUCACACCGCAUCGAUCCUGCAGAUGGUCUCCAGCGGAGACUGGUCGGCCCCGCAGUCUCUUCUAGUUCCUGAAGACCAGCCGUCCCUUGAGCCCCACUACUCGGUUGCAGUUGGAGGAACAUUCGAUCAUCUUCACCUCGGUCACAAGCGUCUACUCACAGCACUGGCGCUAGCGCUGGAGCCGCUAGAUUAUAAUAAUCAGGAUCGAGAAAGGCUUUUGACGAUCGGUGUGACUGGUGAUGCUUUGCUUGUGAACAAGAAAUUUGCCGAAUGUUUAGAAAGCUGGGAGGAGCGGUUCAGGAGCACUGCAGCUUUUUUGGCUGGCAUUAUGGAUUUCUCAGGGAAUGAGUCUCCACGAGUGGAACGUACCAGAACGUCGGAUGGCAAGGGACAAGUGGUGAUUAUGCAAUUCCAGCCCAACUUGAUCUAUAAGUUCGUGGAGUUCUUCGAUGUCUGCGGCCCCACAGUUACCGAUGAGAACAUCAGUGCAUUGGUGGUAUCGAAGGAGACGUCAGCUGGAGGGGCAUUCGUGAAUGAGGAACGGGCCAAAAAAGGAUGGUCAAGGCUAUCAAUUUUCGAAGUGGAUGUUCUUGUGUCUGGAGAGGCCAAGGCGAGCGCCAACAAUUUCGAGGAUAAAAUCAGCAGCACCGACAUUCGUCGACGACGUAUGAACCGGGCCAAAGUAUGA